AUGGCGAGGGCGCAGAGUGGCGAGCGAGCAGCGAACAGCAGUGGGGGAUGGUUGUCAAAUAACAUUAUCGGAGUUUAUGCCGCCAUUCAGCCGGCGCCGCAACUCCACUUUGCGUCAGUGCACCAAGCUUAUACGAGCCAUAUGCACGUGCACAUAUAUUUCAUAAGGUGCCAGAUGCAGUGCCAGCAGGUUCACCGUGACCUGGACUGCCGCUUUAUGGCUCCAAGGCCCAGAGCUACAGUAUCUCCCCUCUCCUGCUCCCCCUCCCCCAGGCCCAUUUCCUCCCCCAGGGGAGUGAUAUGGCUACGGUGUCUGCCCGGGCCACUCCGCUCCACUGACUCGGAUACGACGGUUCUUAAGAAUGAGUUGGAGGCGCAGAUCUUCCCGGGAAACAGUAGCGUUACGGACUACUUCAGACUACUACAGAGAGACGGGGAUUCCCUCCUCAUCGGAGCCAGGAACAUCGUCUAUAAUAUCAGCAUCCAUAACCUGGAGGAAAACUACAGUCAGAGAAUAGUUUGGUACUCCACGGAUAAGGAUAGUUCCGUGUGCUUCAACAAGGGCAAGUCUGUGGCCGACUGCCAGAACUACAUCCGGGUCUUGGCCAAGGAGGGCGACGGGCAGUUCCUCGUUUGUGGCACCAACGCGUACAAGCCCCUGUGUCGCCACUACGCUCAGCAGGUGGACGGGAGUUUCAACUUCACGGAGACGAACGGCGCCGGCCAGUGUCCCUACGAUCCGAGACACAACUCCACUUACGUCUAUGUUGAUGGCGAGCUGUACUCCGGCACCGUAGCGGACUUCCAGGGGACGAUCCCGCUCAUCUUCAGGCAGCCCUUGAAAACAGACCACAAUGACUACAAACAGCUCAAUGCUCCGGACUUCGUGCACUCCUUCGACUACGGCGACUUCGUGUUCUUCUUCUUCCGCGAAACCGCCGUCGAGUACAUGAACUGCGGGAAGCGCGUGUACUCGCGGGUCGCGCGCGUGUGCAAGGGCGACCGGGGAGGCGGCCCACAGCGCUUGAAGAAUUCCUGGACGUCCUUCCUGAAGAGCAGACUCAACUGCUCAGUCCCUGGGGGGUAUCCCUUCUACUUCGAUGAGAUCCAGUCGACGACGGACAUCAUCACGGGCAUCUAUGGCGGGGAGAGCCACGAGAUCAUCUACGCCGUGUUCACGACGCCCCCGAAUUCCAUCCCGGGGUCCGCCGUCUGCGCCUUCUCCAUGCGGGCCAUCCUGGACACCUUCGAGGGGUCCUUCAAGGAACAGCAGACGCUCAACUCGAACUGGCUCCCAGUGCACCUGUCCAAGGUGCCUGAACCACGGCCAGGAAGUUGUGUAGCCGACAGCCAGACGCUGCCGGAGUUCAACGUCAACUUCGCCAAGGACCACUCGCUCAUGGACGAAGCUGUCCCGGGAUUCUUCGGCCGCCCGCUCCUCAUCAAGGCCUCCUUCGAGUACCGCUUCACCAAAGUAGUGGUUGAUCCGCAAGUCAACUUCCAAGACGGGAAGACUGUGGACGUCCUCUUCAUCGCAACGGACGGAGGCAUUAUCUUCAAGGCCAUUAAUGCCCAGUCGUCGGCAGGUGUAGAUUCGAUCGACCCCGUCAUCAUCGAGGAAAUCCGCGUGUUCGACCGGCCUGUCCCCAUCGUCAACAUGCAACUGGCCAAGCAGGCGGGGGGAGAAGGGAAGCUUAUUAUCAUCACAGACGAUGAGGUGAAAUCCAUUGAUCUCCACCGCUGCCACAGAGCCUCGUCUUGCAGCGCAUGCGUUGGGCUGCAGGACCCUUACUGCGGUUGGUUCGUGGGCCACGGGCGCUGCGGUCCGCUCGGCUCUCAGUUCGCCGGGCCCGUCUUCCAGAAUGUCUCAGGGCAUCACUACCAGUGCUCUAACAGCGAUGACAAUGAGGUUUACAAUCCGUCGACUCAGAUCCAAACUACCGAGGCCCCGUGCCCAACCGAGGUGGAGACCUGCGCCCCCUGUGUCUGUCCUGAGCCUCCCUCCUCACGCCCGCCCCCUGUUACUGAAGUUACCCCUACAGAGGGGUCGGUUGAUCAUUCGACCAUAUAUGAUCCACCUGUGGAUGAGGAUUAUUCCUUCGUCGAGAGUAACAGAAUUCCCCCAAUUACACCUGCAAAGGACGUUAAUGUGGCCAAGAGCAAUGCCGUGCCAGGUGUCGCGCCGGAGGGAGACUUACCUAAUGAAAUUCUUGGGCCUAUAGGACGCGAACCUGGGAUUGGCAUCGCAUAUGCUGAAGGCGGCGUUACUGGUCCUGUCGUUGGUGCUUCCCUUGAAGGUCCUCCUAUAUAUUCUGCCGAGACUCUAGCCAUUGCUGUCACAACAGCCUGUGUUGCAGCACUGGUCAUCGGCUUUAUCUCCGGGUUCCUCUUCUCUCGCAAGUGCAGAGGAGAUGAGUAUGCUCACACAUACUCUGAGACACCUUAUUUGGACUCGAAGCUCAGCAAACGAGACAACUUAGUUCCAUCAGCGGACCCAAACAUGUAUACGGCCAACAACAAACACAUCAAUAAUUUAGUGACUAACUACAAUCCCAAGAAUAUCAAUGGCAAGUCCAAUACCAACACUACUACGGACAGCAAGCUUCUGAAGCCUGCUAAAUGUGCCUAUAUUUGAAUUAAGGGAAAGUCACAUGUUGUUGUUGGCCAGAUCUACUAUUUUAUGUGUUAUAAGCAACACGCAAGUCUGUCAUUUACUUUAUUAAAGGAAGGCUUGCAAUGAAGGAUCAGAAAAUGUCAUAUUGCAUUUUGAUGUGGCUUGAAGAUGAAAGACUUCUUUUUAAUGUCACAUAAUGAAAAAAAAAGAAAUAUUCAGGAAAGCUCAUGCAGCUUAUGGUUUUCCUACUAUGGUACAUAUGACAAAGGAUCCUGAAUUCAUGAUAGGCUGAGCUUACUGCAAAUAGAAAAGGGAGAUGAUAGUGCCGCACACACAUACACACAAAAAGAAAGAAAAAAAAAAACAUUCACAGGACCAAGUGCA